AUGUCUCCCCACGCUCUCCCACUGUCUGCUGAGCAGUCUCAAGACGACGUCUUUUCUUUCGACAAAUACUCCAUCACCCCUAACGGCUUUCUUCCGGCAGAGGCGCCACUAAAGGUUCUCCCGGAUGCCUACUACGCACCAUGGGAGAAGAUCAUUCAGCACCUCCCGGAACUUCUCAAGGCUGGAAAGCUGAGGAGAGAAGUCGAUGCACUGCCAGUUUUGUCCACCGACAAGCUACAAGAUGAGGCUCAGUGGAGGCGAGCCUAUGUCAUCUUGACCUUCUUCACCCACGCCUAUGUCUGGGGCGGAGAAAAGGCCGAGGAGGUUCUUCCCCCAUCCGUCUCAGUGCCGCUCCUGCGAGUAUCAAAACAUCUCGAGGUCCCGCCCGUUGCCACUUACGCCGGCCUGAACUUGUGGAACUUCUUGUCAAGAACAGACGACUUCGCCGACCUCGAAUCUCUAGAAUCUCUUCACACUUUCACUGGAACCAAGGAUGAAGCUUGGUUCUAUCUCGUUUCGGUGGCUAUGGAAGCCCAAGGUGCUCGCAUCAUGACCGACAUGAUGAACGCGUUGGAAUCGAUCAAGACGAGGGAUUACGAAACCAUCACCAAAGCUCUCGAGGGCCUGUCUGCAAACAUUCGUAAGAUCGGUGCACUUUUAGAGCGUAUGUACGAGCACUGCGACCCGAUGGUCUUUUUCUACGAGAUCCGCCCCUUCUUGGCCGGCAGCAAGAACAUGGCCGCCGCGGGCCUGCCGAACGGCGUCUUCUACGACGAAGGUGACGGCCGCGGAAGCUGGCAGCAGCUGCGGGGAGGAAGCAACGGCCAGAGCUCUCUCAUCCAGUUUCUCGACAUCGUCAUGGGCGUGGAGCACAAGUCGGAAGGAAACAGCAACCCGCACGCCAGCAAGUCCGCUCCCAGCCAGAAGGGCGCGCCGGCGUUCCACGAGGAGGUCCGCGACUACAUGCCCGGUCCCCACAAGCGCUUCCUGGAGCACGUCUCCCGGAUGGGCAGCAUCCGCGAGUUCGCGAAGCUCCCGGCGUCGACACCCGAGCAGGAGAGGUUCCGCGAGGCGUACCAAAUGGCGACCAAGAACAUGACGGAGUUCAGGAACAAGCACUUGCAGAUCGUCACCCGCUACAUCGUGUUGCCGUCCAAGCGAGCGUACAACGGCGCCAAGGUUGACUUGGCGAGUGCCUCCUCCGUCAAGGACGAGCAGCUCACGGGUACCGGCGGGACGGCACUGAUGCCGUUCUUGAAGCAGACAAGAGACGAGACGCUCCAAGCGGGACAGUUGGAGCAGGGGCCGAAAAGGUGA